AUGGCAGGCGACGACGACCAUUAUUCGACGCACCGAAGUCGGCGAGACGAUCGUGACGCAUCGCAUCGACGCACACAUGGCAGUGAUCGAGAGCACAAUCGUGAAACCUCUCGACGACGAUCUAGGUCGCCCUCACCACAUGCGCAAUCACGGACUCUGCAUCCCGUACUCGCCCGCUUUGGAGUGCGCGAACUCACGCCAGACGACUACUACAUCCGAUCUGCCGAGUUCAAAGCGUGGCUGUCCGAGACCAAGUCGAAGUACCUCGAUGAGAUAUCCAGCCAGGAUGCACGGCGGUAUUUUGAGCGGUUCGUCCGCCGGUGGAACGAGGGUCGACUCGACGAUGACUUUUACACUGGCAAGAUCCGUGGAGCCAGUGUAGCAUCCGGAUCGGGUACGAGGCAUCGGUGGGGUUUUGCGACCGCGUCGGCAGCGGAGAAGGAGCAGCUGGCGAUGGUUCGGGAUACCGUCGAUACGCUGACCAACGGCGAUAGUCGCGGAGCGGCCGAGGCUCGGGAUGCCGAACGCCGCGCUCGACACGGCCGGUCGAUGCAGUCCCAGAGCGAUGCAGGUCCCCCUCUUCCUACCCCACCAGCGCGGGACUCGGGCUGGACGUCCAGGAAAAGCCACGCAGAAUCGCAGUACGAUCGCGAACACACCCAGCAGCUCUCGCGCGUCGCUGCCUCAGAAACUCGCCGCCGGGCGCGCCACGACCAAGCCGACCAAGACGAAGCCCUCCAUGGCCGUGCGACAGGACGUGAACGGGCCUUAGAGAAAAAGCGCCAGCUCAACACCGAUAACCGUGACUUUGCCAAUCGACGCCUCAACGACGAUGGCAUCGAAUUGGACGACCGUGAGCUGUACGACGACGAUAGUCCCGCGCUAAAAGCAGGUGGCUCAGGGGAGAGGAGGAUGGGCAAGAGGGAGCAAUCUCGUCAAGAGAGGCUGGAGGAGAGAAGGGCAGAGAUGCAGGAGAAGGUGUCGGCGAUGAAGGAGAAGGAUAGUAAGACCAUGGAAAUGCUCAGAGCGUUGGCUCAGGAAAGGUUUGGCGGGUCGUAG